AUGAUUCAAUUAAGAAUGAUUAAACAGUGGGCAAUUUUUGUGGCAUUUUUGUUCGGUAUAUUUGCCAAUGCAUUGUCUGCAAAUGAACAAGGUGUGAGCCAGGCAUUAGUAGUUUAUGAUUCAAGCCUUUAUGACUUGAACAAUUUAGGAAGUGUGAGUUCCGAAGUGGCUAGUUUGGUGUCGGAUUUGAAGGAAAAACAUGGAUUUGAAUUAACAUUGCAAUCCUACAGUGAUGAAGAUUUAUCAUUAUUCGUUGCGGACGAACCAAGAUAUGACCACUUGAUUUUACUUCCAAGUUCCAAAAAGGCUAUUGGUAACAAGAAGGGCUUUAACCAACACCAAUUGGUGGAAUUUAUAAAUAGAGAGGGAAAUAUAUUCGUGGUUGGAAAUGAUGAAACCGUGUUACCGGACGAUGUUAGAACGUUUCUUAACGAGAUGGGAAUCUACCCAGCACCAAAAGGGUUCAAGUACGUUGAUCAUUUUAACUCUGCAAAGGGUAUUCCACAACUCACAGACGAAAACAUUGCCAAUAAGAAGGUUCUCGGACAAUUCAAUGGGGGCAAACAUGCGUACAAGGGUACCGGUGCGUUGAUUUCAAACAAUGAAAAUAUAUUCCCGAUUGUCAGAAGUUCUAAAACUGGUUUUACUACUGACGAAGUAGAAGGCACUAUCAGUCAAGAGAAAACUUGGACCUUUGGCCAACAAGGGUUUUUGGCGGUUGGUUUCCAGGGUUUGAAUAAUGCGAGAUUGACAUGGGUUGGUUCUGAAUCGUUGAUAAAUGAUGACUUACUCAAGUGGACUUUCCAGGAGAGAAAUGUAUUAAAAUUGCAGUUUGUCCAGCAUUACAAGAAUGAAAAUCCAGAAUACGUUGACAAUAAGUUAUAUCGUAUCAAGGAUCAAGUUAUCUACACUAUCGGUGUUUCUGAAUUUGCCAACGACAAAUGGAUCCCAUACGAAAUCAAAGGUGAAGACGACACCUUACAGCUUGCAUUCAAGAUGUUAGAUCCUUACCAAAGAGUUAAUUUACAACCAUUGGGUCCAGGUUCCUCGAAGGAAGAUGGUGAUCUUACCGAAGAUACUUACAUUUAUUACGCUAACUUCACAAUUCCAGAUCAACACGGUAUUUUCACAUUUGAAUUGGACUACAAGAGAUCUGGUUUGAGUUACAUAGUUGAUAAGAGGGUCGUGACGGUUAGACACUUGGCCAAUGAUGAAUAUAAGAGAUCAUGGGAUAUUCCAAAUUCUUGGUUAUACGUGGCUAGUGCUGCUUUAGUUGUGUUAGGAUGGUUUUUGUUUGUUGUCAACUUCUUAUAUGUUGGUAACACCGAUGCUACUAAGAAGAAUGUUUAA